AUGUACUGUUCUUCAUCCUUCUAUUCUAGGAUCCAGCAGCUCUUCGAAGAGUUCCUGUCCAACAGCAGGCAGUUGAAGUGGUUGUCCUCUGCGUUCAUGCUUGGUGUGGUGACCCCCUGCUCUCUGGCCUCUCUCUCUAACCCCAGCACCAGCUCCCUCGAGCACCUCAGUCUGAUCGACAACCAGCUGCCCAGCCUGAUUUCUACCGUGGAACUGGAAAGGCUCACUAACCUGCGGUCUCUGUCGCUGGACUUCUGCGAUUUCACCUCCGACAUGUGCCGUCUCCUCGCCGGCGGUGACCGAGCGCCCCUCCACCGCCUCUCCCUCUUGCUCAACGGCGCCGCUUUGGACGUCAAGCCUUUGGAUGGUACCACCACCGAGGACGACUGGAAAGCCCUGGUCCGUCGGAGCACCAACCUGCGUGUCUACAUCAUGGCGAUGGAUGUGUGCAGCCAGGACCUUCUGCGUGUGCUGAAGCCCAGCGUGCCCCUGGAGCGCAUCCAUCUGGACAGCUACAGCACCCUGGUGACGGAUGGUGUCGUGGAGCUCAUCUCGCAGCAGUACCACAAAACCCUGAGCCAUUUCAUCUUGAUGAGAGAUGACGCUGGGUUCCCAGACCUCAGCGUCAACCGCAACGAGGACCCGCUGGUUCUCCUCGCCUGGCGCUGUGUGCACCUCGCUGUCCUGAUCAUCCAUGGCUACACCGUGUGGUCUCACAACCUGGUGGCCAUCUCUCGCCUGCGUGGGUCCAACCUCAAAGUCCUGGAGGUGUCCGAAGAGAGCAUCGACUUUGACCCGGACCAGUCGGUGUACAUCGAGGGCGACCCCGUCCACAACCUGGUCAAGGAGGUGUCCCUGGGCUUGGGCCGUGUCUGGCAUCCCUCCAUAGACAACAGCGUGGUCCUGAACGAACCCACUCAGCACUUCCACCGCGAGAUGCAGAGUUUCAGCGCGGGCAUGUAGACGCACCAAGGGCCCGUUACCAAACGCCCUCUCUAACCCUGUGCUUGGUGAUAUUUCACUAAAUGGGCCCUUCUCAUUUUACACAUUGUUUCUUUUUCUUUCAUUGCUUUUUGAUUUUGUUUGUUUAUUCUUGUAGUGUGAAUUUAAUCCUUUAUAUGUGCUGUGUUUAAUCAGUAUUAGCUCUAUAUUUAUAUCUAUAUCUAUAUAUCCUGCUUAUUACUAGGAAAGUAUAGUUGGGUAUUGGUUUAGUAGCUAAUUGAGUGAAUGGUAGAGAGGGGCUUUUAUACAGCUAGCUUACGAGUUGUACAGUGAGUUGUUCAUUCUCUCGCUUUGUCUGUUUGUUGGUUUCCCCUUAGAAAGUGUGGAGUUACCUCAAACUAUCAGUUGAUCCUCCUUGGCUUCUGCAACGACGAAAUCCCACGUUCACGUUGACCUUUUUAUAGGGAGAUUAGUCUUCCAGCCAAGGGACAGGACUGAUCCACAGCAGUUACGACCCUUCCUCUUUGUUCCUCAAUAUGUAAUUGUUAUUCAGAAAUGAGGAUUGGUGGAAAUAACGUGUCCGGGAUGCAGAUCCCGCUGGUUUUUCUCAACCUGGAAGUAGACGCACCUCUGCUGGUGAAACCAAUCGUAGAGGUUUUCAGUCUGGUGUUUGACACCUGCAUGCUGACCGCCCUGCAGCACAAUAUCUGGGCCCAGCCAUAGGUGUUCUGUUCUUUUCUUGUUUUCUUUUGUGUGUGGUGUUGUUUUAAGAAGUCCUUCCCGUCUGUCUCAGGUAGGCAAAAAUUAUGACAAGGAAGAUGAAGAUGAAGGUUAAGAUAUUUUGGUAAGAGUGAAAACAAUCAGCUGUUCCGUCAGUUUUAAUUGUUCUUCUUGAGUCACAGUUGCCUUGAACUCCCCCUUACUAUUUCAUAAUCAAUGUGAUUUUGGCCUUGGACUCAGUCGGUUCGGAGUUAGCGUCUUCGUAAUUCCCUACCGAAGUGCAUCUACUAAAUUGCGCCAAACGCACUCCGAACAGAUUGAAUCCAGGUCGUGGCAUUUCAUCUGUAAAGCAUUAGAUGGCGGGAGACAGACGUUUGCUUGUUCCAUAUCUCAGGAUUCCUGCACUUGCGGUACUUUUCCAGCCGAAAGCUUUUGUUGAAGCUUCGUUCAGAGGGUUGGCGUGCUCGAUGGGCAAGACUUUGUAGUGUUUUUGGAGGAAAGAGAGCUCUUCCAAAAGAAUGCGCUUUAGAAGUUGCUGGUUUUAUUUUUCUUCCUGUGUCUAAUUUCCCUAGUUUAGCAAUUGAAGUUCUCAGUGUGUUGUUUGCUUUUACAUAUAUUGUCUGUUUGCUCUACUUUUUUUUUUUUUUUUAAGAAAAUCAUAGUCGAAGGAGGUCGAGGUUGCUUGCGUAGCUGAAAAAGUGAAUGUCAAACUAAGCCUUCUUGAAAGCGGCAGCGUUUUUGCUCUGCAGAAUCCCCUCUUUCAUGAGCAUAUCUUUAUUUUGCCGUGCUCGAAUAAUGAAGUGAAUUGUCGAAGAGCGGAGUACUUUUUUAAAACCGUUAAGUUGCCUCGCUAUCCGUUACUCUGUCAGGCCUCAGAACUUCCUGUUAUUUGGCGGUAUCGACUACCUGAAGCCAAGCCAGGUUUGAAGCCAUCGCCCCAAUCUUCCUGGAAGAUCUGCGCUUAUGACAAAAACAACGUACAGCCAAAGCAAACCUUCGCAGCAUGAAAACCAUCUUUAUAUGCAAGCUUAUCAAGUGAGGGGUGACCUAGCAAUUUAGCCUACGAUCUUGUCUGGAUUUGUGGUCCAAAAAAGGUUUGAAGCAGUUAACCAAUGAGGUCGAACAACUCUUGGCACGUGCACAAAGGGUUGAUGUAAUUCGACGUUUUUUAAGUGCGAAGCAGAGAUCCAGCUUGACUAAAUAUUGACAAGUUUACAACCUAUUGUGGUACCCAUGUCAACAUUGGUGAAAACGGCAGAUUUUCGUGGUUGGUGGCACAGAACGCAAAAAGGGUCGAUGUGGUUUAAAAUCUGUUAAAUUCACUCCCUUUUUGGAUAAACCACAGAUUAAAAUGCUGUUUUCAGGUGCGUUGACAUAGGUGCCAAACAUGCUGUAAUGAAUAUGUCGGAAUGCUCUUAAACGUGUGCCAGGAUUCUGUGUGGUUGUUUUUUUUUUUUGUUUGUUUUUUUU